GUAAUACUACAAAAAAUACAUAAAUAGAAAAAAAAAAAGACAAUUAAGGUAGACAGAAGAGCUGUGUGCACAGCUAUAGUCACAAGAAGAAUCAGCUCUCUCCGCCUCCCUCUUCUCUCCUUUUCACUCCUCCUCUGCCUUACCCAGCACUCAGCCAUCCAUGAGUGUAACCAACUCCUCUGCCUAUCGAUCGGAGCGGAGUUUCCACCAGACUUCAUCCUCAACUACGUCCUCUGGUAACCCAUACAUGGAGAAGAGCCGGGGACUGUUUGCUGAGGACUUUGGCUCCUUCAUGAGGCCCGGGAGCGACACCAUGGGUUUUUCCAGUGGAGCUGGGAAUAUCAAGACUCUUGACGAUUCAUACCAGUUCACAGUUGACGUGCGAGACUUCUCCCCUGAAGAUAUCAUCGUCACCACAUCCAACAACCAGAUAGAAGUUCGUGCAGAAAAGUUGGCCCAGGACGGUUCAGUGAUGAACACUUUCACUCACAAGUGCCAGCUACCCGAGGAUGUGGAUCCCACCUCAGUGACAUCAUCACUGGGGACCGAGGGGACCCUUACGGUCCGGGCGCGGCGAAACCCGGCCAAACACGAGCUCGUACAGACCUUCCGCACCGAGAUCAAAAUCUAGAGAGGGGCCGACCCCCCACCUCUUGUGCUUUCACACCACUUCCUGUACUUCUUAUCCUCACUGUCAUCAUUCUAUUCUACUUCAAACACACAGAGUUGACACUGUGCUCUGUGACACAAUGCCUCAUUUAUGUUCUGAGUUAGUUAAUCCCAUAUAUAAACAAUGGGACAUGCACAUAAUGUAAGGAGACACAAAGGGCCACAGGAGCACCAUUUCCCAUAAUGACACACACACACACACACAAACACACCUACCACAAUUAAACGAUCAGUUAACGACUCCGCUGCCCCCUGAUGCGAUUCUAAAACAGUCACUCCUA